AUGUAAUAAAAAAUUAUAUAAAGACUUCAUGGUUAAGCAUAAAAUUAUGCUUGGGGAAUGUUAUCAACUAAUCCAGAUUGUUUAGUGUAUAAAUUGACACAAAAGAUAUCAAAUGAAAUAAAACCAUUUGCUGAAUUUUGGAUGGGAAGUCAUCCAUCAUUACCUUCUUUAUAUGAGAAUGGUGAAAAGGUUAAUUUAGAUCUCCCAUAUCUAUUUAAAGUAUUAUCUGUUGAUUAAGUAUAAUGUUUAAAUGAUAAAGCCACUUUCCAUUUAAAUACAUCCCAAUAAAGAGUAAGCUAAAGUUCUACAUGCAACAAAACCAAAUCUAUAUCCUGAUGAUAAUCAUAAACCAGAAAUGGCAAUUGCAUUAACUAAUUUCGAAGCUUUAGUAGGUUUUACUGACUAAUAAACUAUCAUUCAGAAUAUUGAAAGAGUAUUAAAUAUAAGAUUAUUCUCCUAGAAUCCUUGUGUGAUAUAGAAAAUUGGUGAAAAUUUGUGGAAUCAAUUUGUAGUUGCACAAAAUUAAUAGGCUUAAGACAUAUUGAAAUAAAUAGUAGCUACAUUAUUAUCAUUGACUCAAGAUGAAGUUAAAUAUCUCUUAGAUAAUUAUUAAUGGCCAAUAAAAUGUAAUCCUAGUCUAGAUCCAGGAUCAAAAAUAGAAAAAUAUGAUGUUGGCUAUUUAUUUCUUUUGUUGAUGAAUCAUUUAAUAUUAUAACCAGGUUAAGCAGUAGUAUUAGAGGCUGGAUUAAUUCAUGCUUAUUUGAAAGGUAAUAUUAUAGAAACAAUGGCAAAUUCUGAUAAUGUUGUUAGAUGUGGAUUCACUCCUAAAUAGAAAGAUGUAGAGACAAUGAAAGAGAUCUUAAUUUGUGAAAUGAAAUAACCCAACUAUGUCUAACCAAUUAUUGAAGAAUCUAAUGAAUAUUCAUUUAAAUAAUACAUAACUAAGUACUAAGAAUUUGCAUGUGUAUACAUUUGUAAUAAUAAUAUAGGAUUAUUUGGAAUUAAAACCUUAAGAGAAAUCUAAAGUAUUUAAAAUUAAAUAAAAUUCUAUCUUAUUGUGUAUCUAAGGAUAUGGAAAAUUAAUAAAUGAAGAAGGACAACACGAACUUAAUUUCGGUUAAACUUACUUAAUCAAUAAAGAAAAUGAAGUCCAUUUCCAAGUAGAUUAAAGUUUAUAAUUGUAUAUCUGUUAUUCAUAAUGA